CCAGCCAAGCCGCUCGAUGACAUCGGAGAUGUGGUCACUGCGUCUGCGACUGCUGACGACCCGCGCACAGAAGUUGAUGAUCUUCUGUACGCGAGUCAUCUGUGUCACACCACACGUCCCGUACACACUCAUGCAGUACCGCACAAUGGAAAGAACCACGGCCUGCACUACGUCGGCCUCUGGGGUGGCCGGGCGCGUCGGUGGCGGUCCGUCUGCCUCGUCGCCUUUCUGGGACUGAGCAGUUAUUGUCUUAUCAAGUUUAUGAGAAAGGAAACGGUGAAGACGUUUGAAGUGAACGAGUCAGCAGCACAGGAGUUUGCUGUCACCAUCUGCAAAAUACAAGAGUCAAUAUUUAAAGAGGACGACUAUCUGCGUAUUACCGGCAGACCUCUGCGGAGCGGACUGGAGAACCCGACCGAGGCGCUGACGGCCGACUUUCCCUGGGGCUCGGCGGACCUGGAGCAGGCCGUCUGGAACAUGACCCACAGCUGGGGCGACAUCGUGCACAACUGUGCCGACUUCUACAAUAACGGCUGCAACAGGUCGGCGGUGACGAGUGAGCUGUACCAGUACGGCGGCCAGUGUCACACGGUGCGCUACAGCGACGCGCUGGCCGAGGGUGUUCAGCGCGGCAUCUGGCUGGGGCUGCACAACCCCAACUGCACCAGCUGCGGCCGGCACCACUGGAACGUCUAUGUGCACUCCGUCAAAGACCACUACAUGGAUUGGGAGCACGUGUGGGCGCCGCCUCGCGCUCAGAUGGAGAGCGGGAAGGAGCAGAACUUCAUAGUGACGAGGAUCCUCGACAUCAGGCUGCCGAGCGACACACACCCGUGCAACACGGACCCGACCUACUCGCAGCCAAACUGUAUCCGCCAGUGUCUCUUCUCGGAGCUGGCGGAGCUCGGGCCCGGCUGCCGCCUGCCCUGGAUGCCCGUGAAGCUGCCCGUCUGUGACACCGCCCGCGACUACCAGCUGCUGCUCAACUAUACACGCAUGUUCUCCCGCACCCACAUCGUCUGGCACCAGAACUCCGAGCAGCUGAGGGCCAACGAGUACUACGCUGCGCUGAAAAGCACCUGUCAGGCCGGCACCUAUACCGAGCAGUGA